AUGACUUUGCGCAGUCAUUUAAGAGCUUUGUCUCUAAAGAACUGGCUUGUAUGAAAAAGAGAAGCUGUUGGUUCUGCUUGUGAAAUUCUCUUCCCAGUGAUCCUUAUCACCUUUAUGCUUUUGUUAAGAUUCGCCUUGCCAGCUUCUCACAAGAAGGCAGAAUCACAUUUGGAUGACGGCCAAAUCAUUGCACCUCUCAGAACAGCAAAUAUGUCGCUCUAUAAUGUUUCAGAUUUCUCACUCUCCAAUGAGAAACAAAAGGAAAAUUAAGAAAUAUAUAUAUAAUGAUUUGGAAAGAUUUAAUGAUAUUUGAAUAUAAAAAAAAAUAAUUAUUAUUAAAUAAUUUAUAUAAUAGAGAUGAAUUUAUUUAUUUUCGAAUAAUUUUUAUGUUUAAAAUGCUCAAAAAUUUUAAUUAUCAGGCUUAGAUCUUCUUAAUGUUGGAGAGUCAGAAAACUCUGUCUAUCCUUUUAAUUGGUGCGCUUUAGUUAUUCCUUACAAUUGGACUUGGGCUUAUGUUAUAACUGGAAAUGCUACUGAAGCAGACCAAAAGAAUUUAGUAGGAAGCUUAGCAAGUGAAAUAAGCAAAUACUUUGUCAGCUAUUGCCUUGCUUUGCUUUAACUUGGGCUUUUCCAGCAGCUUCUAGUGCACUGAGAAGUCAGUUUAGCCAAUUUUAGUUAUUAAAUCAGCUCAUCAAAUGGUAGAUCGCCUGGCAAAAUUACUAACUCCCCCCUCCAUGAGCGAACAAAAGAUUUUGUUUGCUUAUGGAGGGAGGUUAAAUUUUAUUUUAUAUAAUUUUAUUGAACAAAUACUUAAAAAAAUCCCAAAAAAUAGGGAUUUUUCCAAUGCUUUCGUUAAUUGAGGGGGGAGUAAGCCAUUUUAUAAAAUGGCUUGACCAUAUAAAAUUGGCAAAAUCAGCUCUCAGGAGAAAUAGAGCCAAAAUAAAGCUCAGACUAUAUAAUAUCACAGCUCCAGAGCCACGCAUGUUUAAAGCCAACAAAAACCUUGAAGAUUAUAUAACUGAUUCUGACUACGACGACAAACAUCAUCAAAAAAUUUGUUUUUCUGUCAACAUAAAGUACGAUCAGCUCGCAGAUAGAACUCCUGCAGACGUCACUUUAAAGAUCAGAUAUAACGCAACAGACACAAAUCCGAACGACCAAACCGUAUAUGGCACAUGGUAUGAUAUUUUCUUGACAAGUAUUUAUCCAGCCGUUGACAAGUAUCAGAAGAGUGUUAUCAAGACCUACCAGCACAAUUUCGUCAAAUCUGGGUUUCUUCACAUUCAGCAUACUUUUUAAAAGAUUGCGAGUUGAAAGGGGUCCUGAGUGAUCCUAGUCCCUGUAGAUUAUCCUGUUUUUUUAAGGAUAUACUAUUUUUUCCUUGGCUGAGACACUAAAUUAUUAAAUUAAGAGUCUUAAGAUCUUCCAGAUUUGAUACCUCCGCACUCUUUCGACCGCCGGACCCUUGCUUGAAGAACCUGAUGCUGGUGAAGAAAAAUCUUAAAUACCUCUAUAAUUUAAUUAAUCUAAUCACAUUCAGAACAUAGUUUACAAUUACUUUUUAACAGACAAAUUAGGAGAUACUGCAUUUCUGCAGACUGCCAUGGUCCCGUUCCAUGGGAUGAAGUACAUCCAAGACAAUUUUAUGCUAAAUUUUGCAGGGACGCUUGGCUUUUUUAUGUUCAUUACGUCGCUUGUACCAGUUUCAAGGCUGAUCAACAAAAUCACAACAGAAAAAGAAACUAAGGUGAAGGAGGCUAUGAAAAUGAUGGGACUGACUGAUACGCCUUAUUGGGUGUCUUGGUUUCUCAUGUACAUUUGUAUUUAUGGCCUUAUUUCAGUGCUCUGCACAUUAGUCGGCUGGGAACUUUUUAACUACUCCAACAAAUUCUUGGUAUUUUUGCUGUUCUUCAUGUAUGGCAUGUCAUGCAUCGCAUUCAGCUGCUUGAUGAGCUCUUUCUUUUCUAACUCCCCCCCUCCUUGAGUGAACAAAAAAAAUUUUUGUUCACUCACGGAGGGGGGCUAAUUUUUUUUUUUUUUAAAAAUUUUUAUAUAUAAAUUUUAUAUAAAAAAUAUAUAUAUAAAUUUUAUAAAAAAAUAUUUUUUUUUCGAAAUUAAAAAAAUCUUAAUUCUCAAAAAUUGGAAAAAGCAAAUAUCAAAUCAAUUUGCAAAAUUUUAUGUUUUAAAAAGCAGUUCGUUUAAAAUUAAACAGAACUACCUUGAGAUUUCAUUAUACUAAUUAUCAUUUAUAUAUCAAAAUUUUUUAUUAAAAAAAAUUUUUGUUCACUCACGGAGGGUGGGUGUUUUGGGUAAAAAAUAGGGAUUUUUCUAAUGGGUUUGUUCACUCACGGAGGGGGGAGUAAGGCGAAAACUGCAAUUUUAGUCGGCGUUCUUGUGUUUUUUGUCACUUAUUUCACCUUAUUUGCAGUUACCCAGACAACUCCUGCAGGAACCAAGGUCGGUUUAUCAAUUUUUAACACAGUCGCCAUGAGCCAAGGCUUUUUUACUCUUCUUUCUUUACAAGGAAACCAAGUCGAAGUCAAUUUCAGCACUUCUGGCAAUGAGUACCAAAAUUAUUCAGUCCAAAUUUCUAUAAUCAUGCUAACAAUCGACACUGUCCUCUAUACACUUUUAGCUUUAUAUUUCGAUAAAGUCGUCCCUUCACAAUAUGGAGUAGCUCUGAAAUGGUAUUUUCCUUUCACAAAAUCAUUUUGGACAGGAAAAAAUACAAAUGAUUCAGAAUUAGACGAGGCUGCUAUUGAAAUGAUGAAGGAAGAUGAGGAUAAAAGAAGAAGAGAAAAUAAAGCAAAUAAGAAUUUUGAAGAACCAGACCCUGGGCUGCUAAAACAGAUUGAAGCAAACCAAGCUAUGGUGGUAAGAGGACUGAGAAAACAUUUUGGCAAUAAAAUCGCAGUGGAUGGGAUAGACCUCGACAUGUUCAGAGGCCAAAUCUUCGCCUUAUUAGGACAUAACGGUGCAGGAAAAACUACCACUUUAUCAAUGCUGAGUGGGCUUCUGGAGCCUACAUCAGGCAGCAUGACUGUAGAUGGCCAUGAUUUCAGAACUGAAAUGCCAGCAAUCAGAAAGAACCUUGGAGUAUGUCCUCAGCAUGAUAUCCUUUUCAAAAAUCUUACAGUUUAUGAGCAUUUAUAUAUGUUCUGUAGAUUUAAAGGAGUGUCUAAUAAAGAAGAAAUCAAGCAGGCUAUUGAUGAAAAGCUUAAAGAAGUCGACUUAGAGGAUAAGAGAAAUACAAGGGCUGGAAACUUGUCAGGAGGCCAAAAGAGGAAAUUGUCGUUGGCGAUCGCCCUGAUUGGAGGGUCUAGUAUAGUUAUGUUGGACGAGCCGACGUCUGGGAUGGACUUGACGGCCAGAAGAAGAAUGUGGGAUAUGCUGAGGAAUGAUAAGAGAGGAAGGAUUAUUAUUUUGACGACACAUUAUAUGGAAGAAGCAGAUAUUUUGGCAGAUAGAAUUGCAAUUAUGGCUGAUGGGAAAGUGAACUGUCUUGGAAGUCCUUUGUUCCUUAAGAAUAGGUUUGGAGUGGGGUAUAAUUUAAACCAUAUAAAAAUAUUGUUUAUCCUAUAAGCCGCCAUAAAGGGUGUUUUAUUUAAAAAACAAGCUUUUGGCUUACUAAUAGCCUUAUUUAUUCUUGACACUAAGCAUAACUAUAGUUAAAAACAUUGGCGCCACAGAUAAAGAAACAUCCCACAAAAUAAAAGACCUAGUCCAAAAAAUAAUCCCAGAAGCAGAAGUGCUUUCCGACGUCUCAGCCGAAUGUAACGAUGACCCCCCCUCAAUCUUCAUGUCUAUGCAACAAAAAUGCAAUUUUUUAAUAUAAAAUUUUAUAUAAAAAAAAAUAAUAAUUUUCAUGACUCUUGCAACAAAUCAUAUACUUAUUAAAAUGGCGACACGGGUCAACCUGCCCUCUUGGGCGCAGCAGUCCAGACCUUAUGGCUACGGCGAACUGGGACGGACUCCAAGCCGAGAAUCAGACGCAGGUUCAAGAAGUGUGUAUCCGGGUAGGUUUUGGCUGCUUUCCUGUUGUUGGAAAUGGAGGUGCUCAACAACGUCCUUGGAUCCGAGGACCCAUGGAUAUUCCUCUAACGAGAAACUGGGGGUUUCGGCACAGGCCAAGGGGAACAGUCUUUCUCCUGUAGCUGUCGAAGAAGGCGCUUUGACACCCAAUAGACUCCAAGGAUCCUUGGAAUCAAGCUACUCCAAUCGCCCGUAGCAGAGCAGCAGAAAUCCAUAAGCCGCCCACUCAAGACUGAGCUCCCAAGGCAAGGAGGAGACAGAAGAUAUCGGAAGGGCACUCUCGUAAGAGGGAUAGAUCCUCUGGACUGGAGUCCAAAAGCGAUAGAACCUUCCGUACGGGAGUUCUUUAAUGACUGCGUCAUCAAUAUGGCUAGCGCCUGUCUGUAAUAAUCUUGAUCCUCUUGCAACAAAUUUUCGAUGCGCAUCUUAAAUUUUUCCGUACUUUUUAGCUAGAUAAGUUUAAUAAAAUGGCGAGCGAUGGCAAUAGCCGUCCAAAUCUCGAUGAGAAGUCAUUGAGACACCUACAGCAGCGCUGUUUUAUGGGUUUUUUGAGAAACUCACCUAGAGAAAAAUGCAUUAAUUUUUUUUAUAAAAAUGUUUUGUUGCAGUAGGCAUGAAGAUUUUUUCGAAAAAUUUUUGUUGCAGUAGACAUGAAGAUUGAGGGGGGGUCAUCGUUACUUUCCAAAUCCCUCUAUCAGCUUCUCCCAUUUUUAGCCACUUCUUCAAAGAGCUCGACAAACGAAAAGACGACCUCAAAAUUGAAGCUUACGGAAUGUCAGUGACAACUCUUGAAGAAGUCUUCUUAAGAGUCGCCAGAGGUGACGAUGACAAAAAUACAGUCAACCGAAAAAGCAUUACCUUAGAUGACGCCGAAGUCAGUAGAUUUACUGAGAGCUUCAAUUCUAAUGAUGCUCCUUUUACAGGUGAACAGCUAGAAGUAGAAGACCCAAAAGGGAAAAAUUUCAAUAUUGCUACUGAUAGAGAAAGAGGGGUUCUUUUUGCGUCUCAUUUCUGGGCGCUAACACAAAAAAGGAUAAUAUACUCGUGGAGAGACUAUAAAGGAUUUGUGCUGGAAAUUGUGCUGCCUAUCCUGCUGGUGCUGUUUGGGCUUGCUUUGUUGACGAAAUUCAAUGUGUUCACUGACCAAAAAUCAAUGAAAGAAAGCUUGAACUUGUAUAGCGACCCACAGAAUAUUUUGUAUAACAACCCUACAAAUAAUGCUGUGGUAGAAAAUAUCAUGAAAAACAUGCAGACUACUCAAAAGAAGCUUAUGACUAGCACUAAUGUAUCUGCGGCAACGCUAGAUGACUUUGACCAGACAACUUAUGAUAUGAGGAACCAUCACCCGUAUAGAAUGGGUUCUUUUUACUUUUAUGAGACUGCCAAUAAUCAAUACUCAGUCGUUGUAUUCCAAAACACGACUUCACUUCAGUCUACUCCUACCUAUUUGAAUUUGAUUGGAAACAGCAUCCUACAGCAUGCUUAUGGGACUUUUCCUAAAAUCAACCUUUAUAAUGACCCUCUUCCAUUGACUCACAAACAGCUUGGGAUUGGUCAAAACACCGGAACAUUUUAUGUCUCUAUGAUUUUUUCAAUUGGUAUGGCAUUUAUUCCUACUGGGCUCGUUACUUUUAUAGUCAAAGAAAGAGAAAAUAACGUCAAGCAUCAACAUCUGGUCAGUGGUGUCUCAAUCCCUGCAUAUUGGCUGUCUUCUUAUGCCUGGGAUCUCUCCAAAUAUAUGAUCCCAGGAGUUGUAUCAGUCCUUCUUAUCUCUGCUUUUGACCUCCAAAGCUUGACUUCAGACAGCAGCGUUUUCAUAUCAGUCUGAAUUUUAUUCAUUCUUUAUGGAUGCGCUAUCUGUCCAUUUACCUAUGCAUCCAGUUUUCUAUUCAAGAGCUACUCAAUAGCUCAGUUCUUCAUUUUUAUCUAUAACUUAAUUACUGGGGCAAUUCUAGCUACUGUGGUAUGAACACUGAGGAUUAUUUCAGACGACACCAGACAUGUGGCAGACGUUUUACAAUAUAUAGGAAGAAUCAGCUCACCGAUUUUUUGCUUUGGGUUUGGGAUUAUGAAUGUUGCGAAUAGAAAUAUAUAUGAAUCUGCAUAUGGAGAAAGCCACCUAAAGGCACCUUUAAAUUGGGAUAUUGCUGGAGCUGAUGUAGCCUUUCUAGUUUUCCAUACAAUAGGUGGACUGAUUGCAAUUUUCCUUAUUGAAUGGAUCAGCACAGUACAAUGGUUCAGAAAUAUGGGAGCGGCCCAUGACCCUGGUGAAAACUUGUAUAGGCCAGAUGACGACGUAGAAAGGGUAAAAGCUGAAGUCCUCAGCACAGACCCUAAAAAUGUCGCUGUCAGAGUCUGCGGGAUCAGAAAAAUCUAUGGAAGUCUCUUUAAUAAAGAACAAGUAAAAAUUGCUAUCCAAGAAAUUUCCUUCGCCGUGCCCUUCCAAGAAGCUUUUGCAUUACUAGGGGUAAAUGGUGCAGGGAAGACAAGCACGUUUAGAAUCCUCACAGGCGAGUAUGGCCCCACAAAAGGAUCUGCCCACAUCAAUGGCUAUGAUGUGGUCGAAAACCUUUCAGAAGCCAGAUACAACAUUGGCUACUGUCCACAGUUUGACGCCCUCAGUGAGUUAUUAACCCCAACAGAGCACCUCAGACUUUAUGCCAGAAUUAAAGGAAUCCCUAAACCUCUAGUCCAGCACUUUGUCGAUAGGCAGCUUAAAGAUAUGGGACUUGAAAAAUACGCCAAGGUAAGGGCUGGGGCAUUGAGUGGAGGAAAUAAGCGAAAACUCUCAGUGGCCAUCGCAUGCAUUGGAAACCCACCAGUUGUAUUUCUUGACGAGCCUAGUGCAGGAAUGGACCCAGAAGCAAGAAAAAACAUGUGGAGAGUGAUAAAUGCCAUCAAAAAGAAAAAAGUCAGCAUCAUUUUGACGACUCACUCUAUGGACGAAGCAGAAGCUUUAUGCAAUAAUAUUGCCAUUAUGGUCGGAGGCAGACUGAGAUGCUAUGGCACAGCGACUCACAUUAAGAAUAAAUUCAGCAGUGGAUAUGAGCUAUUCACAAAAGUCACCUAUCCGAGCUCUGAAGAGACUUCUCAAUGGGUAAAUAAGCUGAAGUCAAGGCUAAAUGUGGACGCUGUCAAAGAAGCUGAUUUGCAAUAUGCAUUAGAAAUUUUGGAGUGUCCUGAACUGAUGUCAGAAAUUUCAAAGCAAGGGUCAGGGUCACAUAUAAGAGAUGAGCUUAAUGAUCUUCAUAGUGUUCAGGUAAGUUCUCUGAUUGAGUGGUGCAUCAUCGAAGGGUAUGGGCAGAAAAUUUACCGUUGGCUUGUGUCACACUUUAAUAAUAUUAGCCUAGCAGAACACUAUGGGACGUACUUCAAGUUUAGACUAGAAAAACAAGAAGGUAUUAGCAUUGGAGAGAUAUUUGGGAAGAUAGAGCAUCAUAAAGCAGAAAUGAGCGUGAGUGAGUAUUCGCUAAACUCCCCUUUUAAAAUUAGAAAAAAAUAUGCGUGGAAAUUAAGCCACAUUUAAAUUGGAGACAAAAUUUUAUUUUUUCAACAGAAAAUUUUAUAGUAUAAUAAUGAAUUUUUAUAUGACUUAAUUUAAUGAGGAAGUUCAAGUAGGAUGCUAUUUAAACAGCUAAAUGUUUAAUCGAUUUAUAUUUUAAAUUAAUUCUUUUUAAAAAUAAUCUAAUAUAAAUAUUCAUCGAAUUUAUUUUUUUAAAUUUUAUAAAAAUUGUUUUUUAUUAUGAAAAAUUAAAAUAGGAACAGAAUCUUUUGUUCCAAUUAAAAGGAUAGGAAAGUAAGCCAAACUACGCUUGAGCAGAUAUUCAAUAUGUUUGCGACUGAAGGAGAAGUCACUGCUGCAAAUGCUCGAUUGAGUAAGAAGAUUGAGCCUAUUGGAUAA